GACUGGCUGAGCAACCCAAGCUUCUGUGUUGGGACCCUCACACCACUGAGCCAACAGCCUGAAGGGGUCCCCAGCCUUGUUUCUGAGAAGCCCCCACCGACAAGGAGUCCUUUGACGUCAGAGUCUUCAGAUGAAAGUGACACUAGCCAAAAAGUCAAACAAACAAGCAGAAAAAAGAAGAAAGAGAAAAAGAAGAAAAGAAAACACCAGCAUCACAAAAAAACCAAGAGAAAGCGUGGACAGUCGAGCAGCAGCGGGUCUGAGCCAGACACCGACACUGAAAGGGACAGGCCUUCCAGGAGCAUGAGCAAAAAAGAAUCCGAGAAACCAAAUCAAGAAAAUGCUGCUGCUGAUCCUGGACAUCAGCUUGUUUGGCUGGAGGACGUUCAGGCGCUGACGGGAGAAACCUUCAGGACAGAUAAGAAGCCGGAUCCUGCGAAUUGGGAGUAUAAGUCCCUCUAUCGCGGGCACAUAGCAAGGUACAAGAGGAAAGGAGACUCCUGCCUGGGCAUCAACCCUAAGAAGCAGUGUAUAUCUUGGGAAGGGACGCCCACAGAGAAGAAGCCUUCACACAAGCAUGUGGAGCGCUAUUUUACAAAGAAGAAUGUGGGACUGAUGAGCAUUGAUGGAGUCGCUGUCAGCUGUAGAACGGAACCUCCCUCAUCCGACCCCAUCCCCUUUAUACCUGUGAAGGACCCCGAUGACGUAGCUCCACCCAUCACCUCCUGGCUGAACCCUCUGGGGGUUUACGACCAGUCCACCACACGGUGGUUGCAAGGACAGGGCCCUUCAGAGCAGGAGUCCAAGCCAUCGGACUCACAGACAGACAGAGAGGAUGCUGUUCUCAAGGCCAAAGUGGAGGAGUUUAAUAGGAAGGUUCGCGAGAACCCUCGGGAUACCCAGCUGUGGAUGGAGUUUGUCGCUUUUCAGGACGAGGUCAUGAGAAGGCCAGGCCUGUACGCCCUCGAGGUUGGUGAGCAGGAGAAGCGGAAGCGGUCCCUGAAGCUGGUCCUGGAGAAGAAGCUGGCCAUCCUGGAGCGGGCCAUCGAGAGCAACCAGAGCAGCGUGGACCUCAAGCUGGCCAAGCUGCAGCUCUGCAAGGAGUUCUGGGAGCCAGCCGCCCUGCUCAAAGAGUGGCAGAAGCUCAUCUUCCUGCACCCCAACGACACAGCCCUGUGGCAGAAAUACCUCCUCUUCUGCCAGAGCCAAUUCAGCACCUUUUCAGUGUCCAAAAUCCAUAGCCUCUACGGCAAGUGCCUGACCACUUUGUCUUCUGUGAAGGACGGCAGCAUCUUGUCCCACCCCGUGCUGCCUGGCACCGAGGAGGCCAUGUUCGCACUCUUUCUUCAGCAUUGCCACUUUCUGCGACAGGCUGGCCACGCGGAGAAGGCCGUUUCCCUGUUCCAGGCUAUGAUCGACUUCACCUUCUUCAAACCCGACAGCGUGAAAGACCUGCCCACCAGAGGACAGGUGGAAUUCUUCGAGCCCUUCUGGGACAGCGGCGAGCCCCGGCCUGGGGAGAAGGGGGCCCGAGGCUGGCGAGCGUGGAUGCACCAGCAGGAGCGUGGUGGCUGGGUGGUCGUCAACCCCGAUGAGGAAGAGGAGGAGCUGGAGGAGGAGGAGCAGGAGAUAAAAGACAAGACGCUGCCCAGGUGUCAGAUCUGGCUCGGUGCUGAGCGUUCCCGUGACCAGAGGCACUGGCGACCAUGGCGUCCUGACAAGACCAAGAAGCAGACGGAGGAAGACUGCGAGGACCCAGAGCGGCAGGUGUUGUUUGAUGACAUUGGGCAGUCUCUGAUCAGACUCUGCAGCCCAGCGCUUCAGUUUCAGCUGGUUGAAGCCUUCCUGCACUUCCUGGGCGUGCCCUCAGGCUUUGUACCUCCAGCCUCCUGCCUCUACCUGGCCAUGGAUGAGAACAGCAUCUUCGAUAGCGGACUUUAUGAGGAAAAGCCGUUGACUUGUCACAGCCCAUCCUUCUCUGGCGUGAGCUGUGUUGGCCGCAUGGACCGGUUCGGCGGUAAGCGCUGGACCAGGGGCCACAGCCGAGAGGGCGAGGAGUUCAUCCGUCACAUCUUCCACCUGGUCGUGCCUUUGUUUCCCAGCAAGGAAAAGGCCCAGCUCUGUGUCUCCUGGUUACAGCACGAGACAGCGAAGGUUAUUUGGUGCCUGCACACAAAAAACAAGAAGAAAUUAAAGUCACAAGGAAAGACCUGCAAAAAGCUCGCCAGGAACCUCCUGAAGGAGCCCGAAAGCUGCAGUAGCAUGCAUCUCUGGCAGCAGUACGCCCACCUGGAGUGGCUGCUGGGCAACACGGAGGAGGCGCGCAGGGUGCUGGACACGGCGCUCAGCAUGGCCGGGGCCAGGGAGCUGCAGGACACAGCGCUGUGCGAGCUCAGCCUGCUCUAUGCAGAGCUGGAGGUGGAACUUCUGGCGGACACGCGAGGGGCCUCCACGUCCCGGGCUGUCCACGUGCUGACCGGGCUGACCGAGAGUGCUCCCUACCGGCCCUACACUGGGCAGGUCUUGGCUGUUCAAGUGCUGAAGGCCCGGAAGGCCUAUGAGCGUGCUCUGCACGACUGCCUGGGGGAGAACGGCGCCUCAGACCCUGUGCCCCCCAGCUCCGCUGACCGCCUGGCUAGCUUGGCCAAGUGUUUUAUGCUCUUCCAGUACCUGACCAUGGGCAUAGAUGCUGCCGUGCGGAUAUACGAGCAGGUGUUUGCAAAGCUGAAGGGCUCUCUGCUCCCUGGAGGCUCUGGCCUGGGGGACAGCGGCAGCCCCCAGGGUCUGGCCGGUGCCCUCGAAGCGGUCACUCUGAUGCACACGGGUUUGCUCCAGUUCCACAUGAAAGUGAGUGUUUACCCACUGGCUCCUCUGCGAGAGGCGCUCUCCGAGGCUUUGAAGCUGUAUCCGAGCAACCAGGUUCUAUGGAGGUCUUACGUUCAGAUUCAACAUAAGUCCCACAGCGCCAGCAAGACCAGAAGAUUCUUCGACACAGCCACCAGGUCGACGAAAUCCUUGGAGCCUUGGUUGUUUGCGAUUGAAACCGAGAAAAUGAGAAAAAGACUGGUGGAAACUGUUCAGAGGAUAGAAGGUAGAGAAAUCCACGCCACGAUUCCCGAGAAUGGUUUAACCAAUCGGAUCAAAGCCCUGUUUGAACACGCCAUCCAGAGUGACAACGGCAGCCAGUGCCCCUUGCUGUGGAGAAUGUACUUGAAUUUUCUGGUUUCCUUAGGAAAUAAAGAAAGGAGCAAAGGAAUCUUCUACAAGGCCCUUCAGAACUGUCCCUGGGUCAAGGUGUUGUACAUGGAUGCUGUGGAGUACUUCCCCGACGAGCUGCAGGAGAUCGUGGACCUGAUGACCGAGAAGGAGCUGCGGGUGCGCCUGCUGCUGGAGGAGCUGGAGCUCCUGCUGGAGGAUUAG